AUAUAUGACAUAUUACAUGCUCAAGGGUCCUCAGCACGCUUUCUCUCUCUAAACUACACAGAAAAGACUUCAAACAUGGCCAUUGCAACAGCUCUGCUGAUUCUCCUGCUGGCAGCCCCAACAGUGUAUGGAGUGCAGCACAUUGUCGGUGACGCCUCUGGUUGGAGCACAUCGGUAGAUUAUGACUCUUGGGCUGCAAGUAACACCUUCACUGUUGGUGACACUCUUGUGUUCAACUAUGAUAGUUCCCACAAAGUGGAUAUUGUAAACCAAGCUGACUACGCCAGUUGCAGUUCAAGCAAUUCCCUAAAAACCUAUGAUGAUGGCGCCACGACAAUCACCCUCUCCCAACCUGGUCCAGCCUACUUCAUAUGCCCUUCUGCAGGCCACUGUGCUAAUGGCAUGAAGCUUUCAGUCAAUGUUGUAGCAGCUGGCACCCCAAGUGGUACUCCGUCAACCACCCCCCCAUCUACACCCACCACUCCUGGAAGCAAUCCUUCACCACCGCCACCGCCACCACCUCCUAAGGGAGCAGCAAAUUCUCUUGACAUGAAUAUGCUUGGGUUUCCACUUGUGUUGGCAACCUUGGUUGCAUUCAUGGGCUAGGGAGGAGGCAGUGCUAUUGAUCUUCGUUUUUUUUUCUUUUUCUUUUUCUAGUUUAAUAAUUGACCAAAUCUUCUUGUAUUUUGCUGAAUUUGGGUGGUGUUAAGAGAUGAUAAUGUAGAUUUUAUGUUUAUUAUGAAUGAACAAUUGGUUCGUAAA